AUGUCGGGACCUGUUGCACUCGUGACAGGAGGUGCCUCGGGAAUCGGUCUUGCAACGACCCAACAUCUCCUGACCAAAGGCUGGAGAGUGGUGAUAGCGGAUUUGAACAAAGACAUAGGUGUUCAACUCAGAGACAAGCUUGGCGAAGACGUUUCGUUUAUUCAGGCAGACGUCACUGCCUAUGCUGAUCAAAUUGCAAUGUUUAAACACGCUUUCAGCUGGGGCAGGGGUCGACUUGACCUCUUUGCAGCAAAUGCGGGUAUCGACGAUGUGCAAGAUAUCCACAUGAAGGCGGAAAUGCUGGAUGAGAAUGGGGAUCCAAAGCCUCUUGACUUGAGGACAAUGGAAGUGGAUCUUACAGCUGUUGUGCAGGGCUGUUGGAUUUACAAACACUUCGCGAGAAAGAAUGCAAGCCCAGGAGGGAAAAUCAUCAUCACAUCCUCCGUAGCGGGACUCUAUCCGUCUCCCAUCAAUGCCCAAUACUGCACAGCAAAAGCAGCUUGUGUACAAUUGGCCCGAUGCAUCGGAGCCCCAUUUCUCCAAAAUGAGAACAUCACUGUCAACGCGAUCUGUCCCGCCUUGAUUAUGACGGCUUUAUGCCCCCCGGAAAUACGCAAUUUGUUUCCAAGUGACCAGAUCACACCAAUGACCACAGCGCUGAGGGCUUAUGAUAUGAUUCUUGAUGAUGAU